AUCGCUGGAAAAACUUGUGAAACGUGAACCAAUGGACGACCAGCAGCAGCCUCAGUCAUCGGUUACAGAUCUGACACAUGAGCAUAAUAUUUUCAAAACGGAUCCUAUAGAUUUCAACUGUAAGAUCGAAGAAGAAUUUUCUAUGGCAAGGAAGCCCGUCACGGAUCCUGACAACCCAACAGCAAUUUCAGCUCAAAGCUAUUUGGGUAUACAGUAUGCCGCCGAAGGCCCUACAUUUAAUCAAAUGGAUACUUAUAGUGAAGAAAAUUCAGUACACACUGAUAAUCAACCUGUCUCCGUAGUCGGCGAGCAGCGACUGUUGAUGUCAAAUAAGCGACGAAGUUCCCAAAAGGAUAUCGGCGCUGCAGAGCUCUCAGUGUCUACAAUGCAGGGCCCAAAAGUUACUCGUAAUGUGCAUGGAAACAAACGAAAACACCAAUGCCCACAUUGCUCCGCCGCAUAUCGAGAAGCAUGCCACCUGAAAGUUCACAUCCGCACUCAUACCGGCGAAAAGCCAUUCGUGUGUAAACUCUGUAGCAAAACAUUCCAUGCGGCAGACCACCUGAAACACCACAUGCAAACUCACAACAAGGACCAAAAUCAAUGUCCUUAUUGCCCUGGCCAAUUCGCACAGCCAUUCCAACUUGAGAAUCACAUUCGGACGCAUACCGGCGAAAAGCCAUUCCUUUGUAAAGUCUGUAACAAAGCGUUCCAUGUGGCACGCUACCUGACCCUCCAUAUGCAAAUUCACGACAAGGACCAACAUAAGUGUCCUCAUUGCCCUGACAAAUUCGCCCUGCUAUACCGUCUUAAGGAUCACAUUCGAACUCAUACCGGCGAAAAGCCAUUCCUUUGUAAAGUCUGCGGCAAAACGUUCCAUUCGGCACGCUACCUGCGCGAACAUAUGCAAAUUCACGACAAACAUCAGUGUCCCCACUGUCCUAAGAAAUUCGCACAGCAAUUCCACCUUAAAAAUCACAUUCGGACUCACACCGGCGAAAAGCCUUUCAUUUGUAAAAUCUGCAGCAAAGCGUUCCAUGCGGCACGCAUCCUGCGCGGCCAUAUGCAAAUUCACGACAAGGACCAACAUUAGGCAACUUUC